GCGCUCUCAAAGCUGGAGGACCAGCUGCUGUCUCGGGGGCGGGCGGGCGGCGGCGAGGCUGCCGCCGCCUCCUCCUCCCUCACCCUUGCGUCAGUGCUGCACCAGCUCUCUCCCGCGGCGGCGUCGCAGCGCCAGCCGCCCCCGUCGCCGGGCGGCUCGAGGCUCGACGCCGCUGAAGCUGGCGGCGGCGAGGCGGAGGCGGACGGCGGCGCGAUGAUGCGGACAUUGCUGUCUCAGCGCGAGCGGGCGCGGCGAGAGGCUGAGGCGGCGGCGGCGGAGGCGGGGCGGUUGCGCGAGCAGCUCCGGUCGACGCAGUCGAAGGGGCGGCAGCUGCACAGCGACAACCUCGCGCUGUACGAGAAGACAUACGGGAGAGAGUACGAGGCCACGAUCAGCCCCUUCUCGGCCUUCCAGCGGCGCGAGCGGGCGGCGAGGCUGGCGGAGCUGUCGCCGCCUGAGAAGCUAUUGCUCGCCGUGUCGUCGCUGCUCCUCUCCCACCGGCGGGCAAGGCGCGGCCUGCUAGAAGCGGCGACCACGUAG